UGUGCGUGCGCGGUGGCCUCUACGAGGUGGAUGUGACCCAGGGGGAAUGCUACCCGGUGUACUGGAACCAGGCUGAUAAAAUACCAGUGAUGCGCGGCCAGUGGUUUAUUGAUGGUACCUGGCAGCCUCUGGAAGAAGAAGAAAGUAAUUUAAUUGAGCAAGAACAUCUCAGUCGUUUCAAAGGUCGGCAGAUGCAGGAAAAUUUUGAUAUUGAAAUGUCAAAAUCCAUAGACGGAAAAGAUGGCAGUGGGAUCAACUAUUCUGCUGUUCAUAGUUUCAAAUUGAGUCGAAACCACGUGGACUGGCACAGUGUGGAUGAGGUGUAUCUUUAUAGCGAUGCAACAACUUCUAAGAUUGCAAGAACAGUUACCCAAAAAUUGGGAUUUUCUAAAGCAUCAAGUAGUGGGACCAGACUUCAUAGAGGUUACGUAGAAGAAGCCACGUUAGAAGACAAGCCUUUGCAGACAACCCACAUUGUGUUUGUUGUGCACGGCAUUGGGCAGAAAAUGGACCAAGGAAGAAUUAUCAAAAACACAGCCAUGAUGAGAGAGGCUGCAAGAAAAAUAGAAGAAAGGCAUUUUUCCAACCAUGCAACACAUGUUGAAUUUCUCCCUGUUGAAUGGAGGUCAAAACUUACUCUUGAUGGAGACACCGUUGAUUCCAUUACUCCUGACAAAGUACGUGGUUUAAGGGAUAUGCUGAACAGCAGUGCAAUGGACAUAAUGUAUUAUACCAGCCCGCUGUACAGAGAUGAGCUAGUUAAAGGCCUUCAGCAAGAGCUGAAUCGAUUAUAUUCCCUUUUCUGUUCUCGGAAUCCAGACUUUGAAGAAAAAGGGGGUAAAGUCUCAAUAGUGUCCCAUUCCUUGGGCUGUGUAAUCACUUAUGACAUAAUGACUGGCUGGAAUCCAGUUCGCCUGUACGAGCAGCUGCUGCAGAAGGAAGAGGAGCUGCCGGACGAGCGGUGGCUGAGCUACAGAGAGCUGCAUCUCCUGGACGAGCUCUGCGUGACGAGACGACGCCUGAGGGAAAUAGAAGAGCGGCUGCACGGGCUGAAGGCGUCCUCCAUGACACAAGCCCCUGCCUUAAAAUUUAAGGUUGAAAAUUUCUUCUGCAUGGGAUCCCCACUCGCAGUGUUUUUGGCGUUGCGUGGCAUCCGCCCAGGCAACACUGGAAGUCAAGACCAUAUUUUACCUAGAGAGAUUUGUAACCGCUUACUAAAUAUUUUUCAUCCGACAGAUCCAGUGGCUUACAGAUUAGAACCAUUGAUACUGAAACACUACAGCAACAUUUCACCUGUGCAGAUCCACUGGUACAAUACUUCAAACCCUCUACCUUACGAACACAUGAAGCCAAGCUUUCUCAACCCAGCCAAAGAACCUACCUCAGUUUCAGAGAAUGAAGGCAUCUCCACCAUACCCAGCCCUGUGACCUCACCGGUCCUGUCCCGGCGACACUACGGAGAAUCUAUUACCAAUAUCGGCAAAGCCAGCAUCCUGGGGGCUGCGAGCAUCGGGAAGGGGCUCGGAGGAAUGCUGUUCUCCAGGUUCGGGCGCUCGGCGGCCUCGCAGCCCGCGGAGCUGGCCAAGGACGCCGUGGAGGACGAGAAGAAGCCCGCCGCGCCGCCCCCCACCUCCACGGUGGCCACGCAGACCCUGCCACCCAGCGCGUCCGGCUUCCUGGACUCCGCAUAUUUCAGACUUCAAGAAUCAUUCUUUUAUCUCCCACAACUUCUUUUUCCGGAAAAUGUAAUGCAGAAUAAAGAUAAUACCCUCGUGGAAUUGGACCAUAGGAUUGAUUUUGAGCUCCGAGAAGGCCUUGUGGAGAGCCGCUAUUGGUCGGCCGUCACGUCGCAUACUGCCUAUUGGUCAUCCUUGGACGUCGCCCUGUUCCUGUUAACCUUCAUGCACAAACACGAGCAGGAUGAUGCAAAGCCCAGUCUAGACCCAGUCUGAAUUCUUGGAAGACAGUAAUGGCCCAAAACUAUUUUUUUCCAUUCAAAUGUAUAUGUCAAGAUGCGGAUAUUUCAGGACUAAGUACUGUAUAUUCCCAUUUUUGUUUAGGGCAAGAAAUAUUUGAAUUUAAAAGCACUUUAUUUUCGCCAUCCUAAAGAAGUUACGUACAGCUUCCAUCAUUUUGAUUAUAAGCCUGACAGGACCCCUGCCAAGAAUCAAGCAAGACAUGCAAGUGAAGAAAGAUUAGGUGCAGAAAACAGAAAAGUCACAAAUCACAGUAUCGUGGCUCCAACGCAGAAAGACACAUUACUGAGUCAAAGCUAACAUAUUAACCAAAACAUGUUAUAAAUCUAAAAUGGUCAAAGUCAAGUCUAUUCUGUGUACAGUUUACAAGGCAGUAUCAUUGUUUUAGAUUUCUGUGAAAGCUUCCACAAUUUCUGUGAAAGAAUACAACAAAUAGAAAAUGUUUUAACGUGUUUAGCAAAACCAAUGCUAAAAAAACCCGUUUGAACUACUGUAUUUAUAAUUUAUUACCUCUGACUAAUUGCUUUCUUUCAAUAUAUGAAACAUUACAUUUUCUUAAUGUUUCCUUUAAAAAUAAUUUAAGAACCACAUUUAUUUUCUAUAGUGUUGAGACCCUUUUUCUCAGAACUCCAUCUUUGUACUCUUCAGAUGAAUAUCUAGACACUGUGGCAUAAUAUUUUUUUCAUUAAAACUUGUAGUUUCACACAA